AUGCAGGACCACCCAGCUGAGUCCAGCGAAGGCCGCGCGCCAAAAAUCGCAAUCCCGAGGCUCGAACGCGGCGCCCUCACGCCUCUGGCAAGCGAGAAGAAGGAUGACAAGGCGAGGGAGCACCGCGUCGGGAGAGCGUGUACCAACUGCCGCAAGCGAAAGCGGAACCAGGCACUUGUCUCGCUGUUGAAGGACCUCAGCAUUCGUGUGGGCGAUGCGGAUAAGAGGAAAAUCCAGAAUGUACUCGAAAGUGUUGAAGAUGACCUUCCCCCAUCCCUAACGCCAGUCAAGUCAGUGAAGCGGAGGAAGCCACCGGCAUCUGAUGAUGAAGAUGAUGACCCUCAUGGCGAAGCCGAUGCCCCAGCCUCCGUCGGCUCGAACGAGGACCUCGAUCUUCUAGACGAGGAUCUAUUACGAAACCGCGAGUCUCGCGAAACCGGCUUCGUCGGCCAAAAUUCCGAAGUGCAGUGGCUCCGAACCCUCCAGCGCGACCUGGACACCGCUGAGGGGGAGCCUUAUGGACUGCCCUACGGCCCUCCGGGCGGAAGCCGGGAAGCUAUUUUGCAGCGCUCUCAGGCCCUUGAUGAGCGCCGGAAAUUGGCCGGACCCAUUCGGCCUGUUGCAGACUCGACCUUCUAUCUCGAUACCGAGAGCAUUGAGCUCGAAGUAAUGGUAGAUCCACAUGAGCUUCCACCCCCGGAGAUAGCCGAGCGACUUUUCGAUUGCUUCAUGAAAAAGGUCCAUAGGUCAUUCCCUAUCGUCGCCAACGCGUUCGAGGACCAGUUUCGCCGAUACUACAACGCUAUCAAACGCGGUCAGCCAUUCACGGUUCCGGACAAGUGGCUAGCCAUUCUGAACCUCAUUUUCGCUAUCGCGUCACAAUACUCGCAUUUUAUCCACGCCGAAUGGCGCGGAGACAGCCGCGACCACUUGAUUUACAUGACAAGAGCGAUCCGUCUUAUUGGACUGAAGGAUACCUUGAUGAUCGUGUCAGCCCCGGACUUGGAUGCUAUUCAAAUGACUGGCCUGCUCUCAUUUUAUUACUUGGUAAUCGGGCAUGUUAGCAGGGCCUGGGUGAUGAUUGGCAUCUCCCUUCGUCUUGCUCUCGCCCUCGGCCUGCAUCUGAGAAACGAGGAUCCCUCCACGCCAGCUAGUAAGAAAGAGACUUUGGUGCGAACAUGGUGGAGUCUUCAUUCGAUUGAGUGUGUCCUCAGCGCUGUGACUGGACGACCGUGCAUCAUCGGCCACGAAGACUGCACCGUUUCUCUCCCACACAUCUUUUCGAAAGUGUACUCCAAUGUCGGGAAUGCUUCGGGAGGAACGCCGGCUCGUAGCGAUUAUAGGGCAUCUACAGCCCAAUCGUCGAGCAUUGGAGGAUCAAGUCCAGGGAGAAUGACAGCCGCUCCGCUGUCCUAUCUGGAUGCUCAUAUCAACAUCGGCCUUAUUACGCAAAAGGUGCUUGCAAAGCUGUACUCACCGCGCACGUCGACUCAAUCUUGGGAGUAUAUCCAAAAGGCGAUCCCGGAGCUGAUGAAGGAGUUGGAUGAAUGGAGACGCAGUGCCCUACUGGACGAUGCCCCUGGCCCGAAGAACCCUUUCGCAUCUCACGAGGGUCGGCGAGAGUACACAUUACUAUCGUUUUCUUACUACAGUACCAAGAUUCUCAUUACGCGGCCUUGCCUCUGUCGGACGGAGCGCCGAAUCAAGCGCCAAAGUGAAGGUUCUGCCAACUUCAAUCAGAAAACGGCUGAGGCUUGUGUGCAGGCGGCUCAGGGGCUUACAUCGCUGUUGCCCGACCAGCCUGACCUCCAGUCUCUAUACGAGAAUGCUCCUUGGUGGUGCAUCAUACAUAACAUCAUGCAAGCAAUGGCCGUCAUGCUUCUCGAGCUGUCGUACCAGGGGACCCACAUGACCACAAACGGCACCGAAAUCACCGUAUGUGUGAAGAAGCUUAUGCGCUGGUUGCGUGCCAUGCAGACGAGUAAUCCCGUUACACAAAAGGCGUAUCGGGUGAUCUGCACCAUCCUCCGAAACUCCAGUCGGCAUUUCCAACCGAACGUGAACGCUCUGCUGGCUGAGGACGAGCCCACUACGAAGGAUAGCAGAGCCCUUGAGAGCCAUAACUUUCCGGGGCCCGCCUCCGAAGCUGCCCCGGCCGAGUGGUAUGGUGGCUACUACCCUACGCAUGCCAGCGACGCUGAUAUGAGUACGGCGAGCGUAGAUCCGCGCUUUCUGACGGAUUUGCACCAGCCGCAACCGCUGCCUCAAAUCCCACCCAACCAGUAUCCCUUCUUCUGGUCAGAUUCGGUACAGAAUCCGUCGGUGUGUUCGAACCCGUUCGUCACGAGCUUCGACCAGGAUGUGCCGAUCUCGCUCUCGAUGACCGAUUUAUGGCCGGGUGGAGGAACGUCGGGAGGGCAAGCCAGUCCAGACAUGCAAGGCUUUUCCUUCCAGCCGCAGCAAUCCCCAUAUAAUCCGGAGGACCCAUGCCGGUGA